AUGUAUGUGUCCGUCUUAUCGCUUCACUCACUUGACCAAAUCCAUUUUUGCUUUUCUUUUCUUUUGGUUUGGUUUUGGUUUUGAUUUUUUUUUUUUUUUCGCAAUCUUGACUGAAUAACGUUAACUCCGAGGUUUCUGAAAUGGAAGGAGGAAUAGGAGGAAAGGAAGGGACCACGUGUGGCACUUUCGACCUUAAUGCUCUCCCACAAGAUUUCAUCGCCGUCGUCCUUUCCUUUACCUCCCCUCGUGAUGCCUGUAGAUUGUCGCUUGUUUCAACUACCUUCAAAUCGGCUGCCGAUUCAGACACCGUUUGGGAAAGCUUCUUGCCGUCCGAAUACCAGGCUUUCUCAUCUCUCUCUUUCUCGUCCAAGAAAGAGCUUUAUCUUAGCCUUUGUGAAAAUCCUGUCCUCGUUGAUGGUGGCCGAAAGAGUUUUUCAUUGGAUAGAGGGAGUGGCAAGAAAUGUUACAUGUUGUCUGCCAGGGACCUUUAUAUUGUGUGGAGUGACACUCCAACUUACUGGAGAUGGGUUUCUAUACCUGAGUCCAGGUUUGAAGAGGUAGCAGAGCUUAUUAGUGUUUGUUGGGUUGAAAUCCGAGGGAAGAUUAGUAUCUCCAUGCUAUCACCCAUGACACACUACAAGGCUUACCUUGUGUUCAAGGCAGCGACUGGAGCUUAUGGGUUUGAAUUCCAACCUGUGGAGGUUAGUGUUGGACUUGUUGGCACUGAAGGUAGGAAGAGAACUGUCUAUUUGGAUUCAGAAAGAGGCGGGAGACAGCGUCGGCGGAUUGCCCCCUGGCGAAUUGGGUUACAAGCAUCUGCACCCAGUGGGGUAAGUGAUGAUCAGUUCCCUAAGGUAAGAGUAGAUGGGUGGCUGGAGAUUGAGCUGGGUGAGUUCUUCAACGAGGGAUGUGUCGAUGGGGAAUUGGAAAUGAGUGUUUUGGAGGUAAAGGGUGGUCACUGGAAGGGCGGUCUCGUUAUCCAGGGUAUUGAGAUGAGGCCUAAUUAAUCUAUGUGUCUCGGACUCGUGAGUUACGGAUGCGAUACCACUGGGAAAAUGAAGAGUGGAAAGAACAUUAGAAUCCGAUGCUGCCUCUCGCGUGGUGAUGCAUUUGCUCCCGAGCAUCUCCAAUUGUAUAAUUCCGACGACAUUAUCUUCUAGCAUUUUUAAUGCUCCUGUUACGCACUGUAGUAACUAAAUAAUUUACCUUUUCGGAAAAUGUACGCUCAAACGUUUUUUUUUGGUUUACGAUGAUUUUUUUUUUAGCCGUUAUCAUGAUGAUAUUAUUUUGUAUG